CAGUCGUCGAUUCUGCGCCAACCUUGAGCUCAUUGUUUUUUCCUCCCAUUGGAAUUUUCUCUUACCCUCUCUAAAAUUCCAUAGCUGCUUCCCAGAUUCCAAUUCCCAGGUAUUUGGCAAUCCACAACUUCGAGGCGCUGCAUGCAUAAAUCAUGGAGAAAUUGCCGCCAUUUGAAUUGGAUUUCAAUUUUGUUGUGGAACAUCUUGAUGCCAUUGUUGAGAUUGAUGUUUCUACAUAUUCAAGCAGAUAGGUUGUAUAUAUGAUGUUGGCUGGUGGUUAGCAAAGGUGGGGAUAAUUUGAUCUUGGGUGGUAAGUAUGAAUGAUGCUGGGGCUGCCAACACAAAUAGAGGUGGAUUGGCAAUUGAAAGUGGAGAUUCUGUGGUGACACUAGAUCAAGUUCCAUGCUGGAGUAGUUUGGAGUGUAAAGACUUGAAUGAGAAUGAAGAUCCUGCAUUUUCAAACUCGUACUUUCCAGACCCGUUGACAUCUACAGAUGAGGGUGAGGGUUGUUUAUAUGGCAUGCAAUCUAGGUUCCCGGUGAAUCAUGAGGUUAACUCCAAGGUUUACCUUUGGAGAGGGAACCCUUGGAUUCUUGAGGUGGAUGCUGUAGUGAAUUCAACAAAUGAGAGCUUAGAUGAAGCGCAGAGCAGUCCUGGUUUGCAUGCUGCUGCUGGACCUGCCCUUGCAGAAGAAUGUGCAACACUGGGUGGUUGCCGAACAGGGAUGGCAAAAAUUAGCAAUGCAUAUGACCUUCCUGCAAGGAGGGUCAUACAUACAGUUGGCCCUAAGUAUGCUGUAAAAUAUCAUACUGCUGCAGAGAAUGCUUUAAGUCAUUGCUAUAGGUCUUGCCUGGAACUUCUCAUUGAAAACGGGCUGCAGAGCAUUGCUAUUGGCUGUAUAUAUACAGAAGCCAAAUUAUAUCCACGAGAACCUGCUGCGCAUGUUGCAAUAAUUUUUGCAUUGUUAUUAGGAACUGUCAGACGAUUUCUUGAGAAACAAAAGGAUAACGUACAUGCAGUCAUAUUUUGUACCGCAGCAUCAUCUGACACAGAGAUUUAUAAGAGAUUGCUCCCACUUUACUUUCCUCGGGAGAAGAAAGAGGAAGUAUUAGCUGUUACAAGACUUCCUGCAGAUGUUGGAGAUGAAAAUGGUGAGACAGUCAUUGAUGAACGCAGAAUAAGAAUUCAGCCUUUGCCUAAUCUGAAGAAGAAGACAGGUCCAAGAAUUCCUCAAAUCUCUAAUGAUCUUCCAGUCAGUGAUGUUUUGGUGACACGAAAGAACUCAUCUUACUUGUCUUCAUAUCUGGAUCCCGCUUUCAUGUCCUUGAUUAAAGAUCCAGACCAAAGACGCAUGGAACAGUGGGAAAAAGCUGCUGAUGCACGAAAUGGUUGGGAUUUUGCUAAAAUGCUUGGGUAUGGUGAGCUCAGGGGUCCUCCUUUGUCUGCUGCUGAAGAAUAUUCCCUUCAUUCCAGAUAUCUUGCUAAAGCAAAUUCACUCAAUCUUUCUGAGAUUGCAGAAAUGAGAAUAGUUUACCGAGGUGGAGUUGAUCAUGAAGGUCGCCCAGUGAUGGUGGUUGUCGGAGCACAUUUUCUGUUAAGGUGUCUUGAUCUAGAACGGUUCGUCUUGUACGUAGUAAAGGAAUUUGAGCCCGUGAUACAGAAGCCUUACACUAUUGUUUAUUUCCACUCAGCUGCAUCAUUACAGAUGCAACCUGACCUAGGAUGGAUGAAGAGAUUAGAGCAAAUACUUGGUCGGAAGCACCAACAUAAUCUUCAUGCAAUAUAUGUCCUUCAUCCAACCUUUGGACUAAAAGCAGCGAUAUUUGCAAUGCAGCUUUUCGUAGAUAAUGUGGUAUGGAAGAAGGUGAACUAUCUCGAUCGACUUCUGCAGCUAUUCAGAUAUGUACCUCGCGAGCAAUUGAGCAUCCCAGAUUUUGUGUUUCAGCAUGAUCUUGAAGUAAAUGGAGAGAAAGGCGUGAUUGUUGAUCCAAGAACAAAAUAUGUUUAUCAGCGACAAUAGAUCAUCUACAAAGCCACUUUCCCUCUGCUUCAGGUGGCCUAAUAUGCCACAUUCCACAACUCUCUCUCUCUCUCUCUCUCUAUUUUUCUUUUUUGGUGAGCAGAUUGGUGUCUCGAUAAGUUUGCAUAUUCUGUAAGCGCUCUUACUUUUUUUUGUUGUUGUUGUAUUUAAUUUUUUUGUUUUUUGAAGUUGUUGUAUUUAAAAUUUUGAAGAUAUAUAUUCUUUUGUAAUUAUUUACCUCAUAUUUAAUGGCAACUAGAAGAUCCGUCCGAUUUACUUUUUAUCGGCCAUUAA